AUGGCACUAUUGGCUGAUUAUGGGGCCACGUUAUUUAUGAUAUCGUUAGCUAUUGGCGGAUACUCAUCAUGGGGCGACAUGACACCAAACUUGACCCGCCACUGUGCCAUUAUUUCUUCGACGAGUAUAGCCUAUUCAACGUUCCACUUCGCGUUCCCAGUAGUCGCCUACGGGGUCUCAUUCAUCUCCCUGCUCAGCGUGUAUGCGGCUUCAAGCCACGUCGAAGGAAUCGCUGGCGAUCGGCUACAAAAGGUGCGGCUGAUGAUCUGCAUCUGCGGCAUUUCGAUAGCCCUCGUAUCAAUGCCGUCGAUUGUAAUGAUCGGCAUCAAAUGGAACGUCUGGACAGUUAGCGAUUUGGUGGUAGCCCUAACCUAUGGAAUGCCAGGUUGUCUCACAAUAGCCAAUACAGUGAUCAACCUGGUCUUCCGCCCAGACUACCGUGACAUAUUGAUCCACAGCUUCUGGUGUUCAUCCUGCGGUCAGCGCAAGCCCCGAAUAAGCGUCACGCCAUACAACUCGCAACAUUCCCACUUUCACAUCCCUCACACCGUCAUGACCACGAUGAAG